GAAACCCAAAUACAAAAAUCUCCCUCCAAGUCCCUUCGCUCUUCCAAUUUUGGGUCAUCUCCAUCUCCUCAAAGAACCAUUUCAUCGAACACUUCACAAUCUAUCGGAGAAAUAUGGCCCCGUUUUCUCCCUCCGAAUCGGGUCUCGCCUCAUGGUUGUCGUAUCAUCCCCCUCAGCCAUUGAAGAAUGCUUUGUAGAAAACGACGUCAUCUUCGCCAACCGCCCUCGCUUCUCGCUGGGCGAGUAUUGCGCCUACAACUACACCACGAUUGGGCUAGCCCCAUACGGAGACCACUGGCGCAACGGUCGCCGCAUACUCAACAUUGAAUUCCUCGCAACAAAGCGCUUAAACAUGACUUCAGGCAUCCGAAGUGACGAGAUCAAGAAUUUGCUGCGCAAAGUGUAUGACGUUUCACGAAGUGGGUUUGCUAAGGUAGAGCUGAAACCCUUGCUUCUGGAACUGACGCUUAAUAUAAUCAUGAGAAUGAUGGCAUGUACACCGUUUUCCGGGGAAAGAGCGAGGCGGUUUACGGAGCUGAAGGAAGAGCUUUUUGCAAUGGCAGUUCCGUCGUAUCCUGGAGAUUUCUUGCCCAUAUUGAAAUGGAUUGACUACAACGGAUUUAUGAAGAAAGCCAAGUGGUUGGGUAGAGAAAUAGACGCUUUUACGCAGAGUUUGAUCGACCAACAUCGAAGUGAAGACAAAGAUGUUUCGAAAAAGGAUACUCUGAUAGGCCAUUUGCUUUCCCUUCAACAAUCAGAACCUGAAUAUUGUACAGAAGAUACUAUUAAAGGCAUCCUACAGGAUAUAUUGACUGCUGGAACAGACACAACAGCACUGACUUUGGAAUGGGCCAUGUCAAAUUUGCUGAAUCAUCCUGAUGUUUUAAAAAAGGCUUUGGCUGAACUGGAGAACCAAGUUGGCCCAGACCGAUUGGUUGAUGAAGCAGAUCUCUCCAAUCUCCCUUACCUACAAAAUGUAAUUACUGAGACACAGCGUCUCUUCCCAGCAGCUCAACUCCUCCUUGCACACAUGUCGUCUGAUUAUUGCACCAUUAAGGAAUACGACAUACCUCCUGGAACAAUGUUGCUGAUUAAUGCAUGGGCCAUGCAUAGAGACCCUGAGUUGUGGGAGGAUCCAACAAGUUUCAAGCCCGAGAGGCACGAACAAGGGAAGGAGCAUAACAAGCUUAUUACGUUUGGUAUGGGAAGAAGGGCCUGCCCCGGAGUGGGGCUAGCCCAGCGAGUAUUGGGCCAGACCUUGGGGUCCUUAAUUCAGUGCUUUGAAUGGGAAAAGGUGGAUCGGAAAGACAUUAAUAUGGUUGAAGGGACAGGGGCCAGCCUUCCUAAAGUUGUGCCAUUACAAGUCAUGUGCAAGGCACGACCCCUUGCAAACAAGGUGUUCUCCAAAGAAGUUUAGGGUAUUAGCCAACCACCUUCCAACCUAACUGUUAUGGCUUUGGUGGUGUCAGGUAUGACACCUUAUCUUGAAUUUGAUUUCAGUUCAGUGUGAAUUUUUUUUUUUUUUUUAUGGGAAGUUCAGUGUAAAUUUUAAUAAUGCAAUAAUACCAUU